UGUACACGCUGAGUUCUGUUCGAGAAAUAGUUGCAAAUGAACUAACAUUGCAGGUAGGUGGCCUUUACACAGCUAUUCGAUCGACUACCCCAGCAUUGGCUAUGACAAGGUCCAUCGGUUGUUGAUCCCUACCGAUGACGAGGAUGCGAAGAGCAGUGCAACGUUUGAUGCAUCAACCCUGAGAUCUUUGAUCGAAAACCUGGGCUCUGAACAGGUCUUUUGCAACAUGUUCGAUGUGGGAUCACUUAGCCGUGCCAUCAUUUGCAAGGAGCCGGACGUUGUCUACGAGAUGGUGAAAUUGAACCCUGGCCUAGUUGACGACACGCCGCCUUUUGGCUUCCUGACUCAUCUUCAUCUGGCGCUCAGUGUAGGGAGUUUCCGAUGCUUCCGAGCUUUGAUAGCAGCUGUGAAACUGACAGACAACCUCGAAACUCGCUGUGCUAAUCAGCGCCUCCGAGGGCUUCUUGAGGCGACUGAUAAGAGCAGUGGGAUCGGGAUAGCGGAGACCGUUGUCCAAGUGUGUCAGAUGAGCCAGAAUUCUUUUGCGCGUGUGGCUGGGUGGUUUCAAGGACCGGUGAUGCACUCUUGCUGGUAUGCCGGCGCCCUGGCACUUCCGUUUGCUAACAACUGUGCUAUGCGCCCCCGGCACUUAUCCCUCGAAAACCAAGUCUGGGACUGCCGUCGCUGCCCUCUUGAUUACUUCAAGGAGCUCAGACGGCGGCGCCAAACGCUCGAGAAGCUUGCAUCAUACCAUUUUGGACUGAUCGAUUCCGCACGAUAUGGCUUGGAUCAAGGGCAGCUGCUUGAUCGACACUAUGCAUCCGUGAUUCGAAGGCUCCGUGAGCUGGGGGUUUCGAUUCCGAAUCACUUGGUUGAUGCCAACAGCGAUGAUCAGCUUCUCCCACUUUACCACGGAGUUCUCGACGACGCUAUCCGGCAAAAGUUGGCCAGCUCAGACCACGGCGUGGGUCCGCGCGCAGAGCUCUCAGCUCUCAAGGUCGAGAUUGCACAUCUUUUAUUCAAAGUAGGCUUUCUUGAUAUUAACGCGCCCUUUUCGGACGGAUUGACGCUGCUUGAGUAUCUGAUUCUUGGUCGCUCGCUUGCACAGCACAGACCUACCCGUGCUUGGGAGACAAUAACCUGGUUGGUCGAGCACGGUAGCGAUGUGAAGUGUCACCUCUCUAAUGCUUGGAAAUCUAAUCACCCACCACACUGCGCCGCAUCAAGGAGAUGCGUCGCAUGCCGACACCAACACACCAUCCCGCGUACCACGAUUGCGCACAUGCUCGCCGGGUUCAUUGGCUUCUCUAUAGGACAACAGGUAAACCGGUUUCCUGUGGAUUACUUUCCGUGGCACAACCUGCAACGGAUCGUCUUGCCACUCAAAAUCAAGGACGAGACUGCCUGUAUAUGCUCACCUGGAGGCCGCACACCUUUGACAUACUUCAUCCUCGACCUUUUCAGUGUGUGGCCACCUCAUGAAGAACCAGACACGCUUUCGACGGCGAUGUCGGAGCUCAUCAGAUACUGGGGAUGCACAUGGAGCGUCCAAACCUACCAGCAGGCUUUCCGUCUACUCACUUUUGAGGCAUUCUGGCUCGAACACACUUGCGAUAAACCGUGGGACGAUGGUCAUCACUCUGCCACGGACUCGAGUCGAAAGCGCGAUCUGGACGCCCACGCCCGAUUCGAAGAAUUUGCCGCGGACUUUCAUGCUUUCGUUGCACACAGCUUCAACCACUCCAAAACACACCACAGUGUGCGAAGUUAUGACGAAGCUGAGGCCUCAGACGUCGAUUAUAAGUCGGAAAAAAAUGAGGCUCCAAGUGAUGAUGGUACGUCCGGCAAGAAUGAGGAGCCGAAAGGGAAGGGCAAGUCAAAACCGGAUUUUGGAGACCCUGCCUUGGAUGAGGACGAUUCUUCAAUCAAUGCACGAGAAUCGCUUCCGUGCCUAGAUUGUGCGUACUGGAGGGCGAUGGCCAUGAAACUUCCCAUGAGGGAGUGGUUAGUGACAGAAUGGGCACGCCGCAUCAAAGAAGCUCUUGCUGAGCUUAACGGCAGCGUACUGGUAGAUCAGUACAGGAAGGAACUAGCUGCUAUGGGUGUCAGGUUGUGUGAGCGGCCAGGUAACCUCGUCGAGAAUGAGGAAGACGAAGAGGGGCUUGACAAGGAUUCGUGGGAGUAUUGGGCUCAGAGAUUUGACGAAAUCUGAUAUUCGGAGGCGUUUCUUUUCCUGCGCCUCUAGCCAGCUCGUGUGAGUCUGUUGUUGUAUGCGUGACGGGCCAGGAAAGCAGUCAAAC